CCUACCUUGCCACCUUCUGAAGAAGUUCCCCCUCCUACCAAUCCUCCGUCUCGUCAAAUCGUCCAGGAUUUAACUCGUACGUUAGUAGCAUUCUAAGUGUUGGUCUGAUACUGAUUCUCUCCACAGCUGAUGACGACGAUGGCGAGAUCCAAUUCACCGGUGCUUGCUCCAGGGAUGGGCGCCGGCUCGUUCCUCUCCCUAGGCGUGCACAGUCUCUUGUCGCCGAAGGCCCCGAUUGGUCUUCCUGGCUGGAAGGCACCGGCUUCAGGAGCAUUCAAGAGUUUACCGACUUUUUCGGACGGACAGAGGAGUCCUCUGGCGAGAAGAAAGGCAAGAAACGCGUCCGGGUGAAGGAGGAGCCUGAAGAGAUCGAAGAGCACUUCCCCGAAUGCUCUAGGCGCCCGCUCAAGCGUAGAAAAGAAGAACUAUCUGGAUCUCGCAGGAGCAGCGCGCCUGAAAUCCUCCAGGGAACCAGUGCGGGUCCCUCCAUUCCCCGCAACGAGAGAGCCAAAGACGUCGCUCGCAUGCGGAUGCAGCGUCCUUUUGCCGCCCCACUCCCCCCGCCGGCCCCCGUCGCCCGUCAAAAUGUGCCUCACCCUGAAGUCAUUUCCAUCCCUGUUCCUCGCGACCAGCCACAGAUGCACAAUAUGGGUGGGCUUGGCCAGGGCUUCGGACGGACCCCUUCCCCCCUGACUCACGUUCUUCAAUCACCGCGAUGCGCUCUCAACUCCCCGCACCGUGUCCAACCCGUCUGCCCCCCAAGAUGCUCCUAUCCGCCCGGAGAACAUCGUGGUAGACGAAACUCCGUGCGUUGUGCCGACCUCCCGGCAGUCUGAGAUGCAACCAGCGCCUAUGGAUGGCGUGGUCUAUCAAGACCGAACCCGAACCACUCCCAUCGAUCCUGCAGUUCUCAGGUCUCGCGUACCAAAGUGGUGCCUCAACCAUCCUGACAUAAUGGAGCGCCAAGAAGCUGCAUGGAUGGUCUGGAAAGAGAGGACCACUGCCAAGAGGGACGAGGACCGUAUCACGGAAGGCUUCGGCUGGGAAUGACGAACCGACUAUCUGGUUGCUGUUGCUGCUGUUGAUGUUGAUAUUGCUGAUUUCUCCUGAAUCUCGGUCUCCAGAAUUUUGCAGCGUUCUCCACAGUGGGUGCGUGCCUCACAUAGAGGGGCACAUUGGGCCCCUCAUCUGGAGACGAUUGAUGCUUUUUGUUUCUUUUCUCAGUCUCAGUCUCAUUUCAUUCUGGUCCGAUUUCUUCUCGAUGUAAUGAGCUAGCCUGUCUUGCGCUAGUCUAACUUUUUUCUUCUGAUACACGAUGUUUUGUGGCUGAUAAUUUUGUAUAGUAGCAUAGUCUUCUUGCCGGAGUUCACGGUAACAACAUUGACCUGCGAAGGCCGACGAUCUAUGUCGCUUCAUAGUGUCUUUGUUGAGCUGAAAUGUGAUAAAGAGAAAUGGUGUAGUAAGGUGUAGCCGACUAGGUGACGUUUGGCGAUAUGCGGAGUGCCAGUAGUAGAUGCAGGAAGACAACGACGGACUGCCGAGGAGUUGCCAAGGCUAGCUAGGGUCCCAGAUGAGUCAGCGAGUACUUGGCGCUGACUAUGUCCCUAGGUGCUGACUCAGAGGUAAUGAGUCAGCAGUGGAUGGCCAAACAGAACCUCCCCGAGGCAGAUAUGUAUCCAGACGCGUAACCACCGUGCUGAGGCUGCCCAGAGGUGAUAAUAGAGCCAGGGUAUAAGUCUACCAACCCCGAGUCGCUCACGAUGAGCAGCAGCAGACGGG